AUAUUUCUAUGUUUUGUUUGGUCAGGGUGUGAGCUGAGUGGGCAUACUAUGUUAGAUGUCUAGUUUGUCUGUUUCUGUGUUUGGCCUGAUAUGGUUCUCAAUCAGAGGCAGGUGUUAGUCGUUGUCUCUGAUUGGGAGCCAUAUUUAGGUAGCCUGUUUUGUCAUUUUGGGUUGUGGGGGAUUGUCUAUGUUAGUUGCUUGUUUCAGCACAGUUCUCGGUAUAGCGUCACGGUUGUUUUGUGUUCAGUGCUUUUUUUAAUUAAAAAAUCAUCAUGAACACAUACCGUGGCUUUUUCUUUGUGACUCUGCCAAGAAGGCCAGCAUCCCAGAGUCGACUGUUGACGUUGAGACUACUUUCAAAAUCUUAGCUAGCAGUCAUCAUCAUGAAUCAAGUCGACAAUCUCCUGGAAAAUCCUUUUUAAUCCUUGUUUUAUGAAGAGAAAUAAUGAAUAGAAAUGAUAGAUAAAACAUAUUGGGUGCUCAUCGGCCAUUGGACAUAAACAUUGCACAACAAGUUGGAAAUCGUAAAUUCAACAAUGAGUGGUUGACAAUUGGAAGGAAUCAGUGGCUAUCUGCAAGCAUUACAAAGUAAUCACUAGCAUGCUAUUCAGUGGAGUGGCUGUGUGGUCCCAAAUCUGGGAUUAAGUGUCCCUUUUCCAAAUAUAAAAUGAUUUGUGCCGUGCUCAAAACAACUGUUAACUCAGAACUGUGAAAACUUGACUUCAGUGAGUUCAAGAGACUGGGAAUUCUGGGAAAAACGAGCUCCGAAUGAUGAAACAGGUUUUGAACGGUCAUCCAACUCAGAAUUGUAAAUCGGGAACUCUGGCCUCUUUCUAGAGCUACAACCUGAAGACCAAUGAUGUCAUUAUGAUUCGACUUAGUUUUUUUCUGAGUUCCCAGUUGUCUUGAAAGCACCAUAAAUCCAGAGAAUUCCAGACUUUGAUGACAAAAUUUGCACAUGAUGGACCGCCAUGCCACCUUCCUGUUCAAGUGAGCACAGCACAACAAGAGUGCCCUGUCCCCAAAGCGGCCUGUCCCAAUGGUUCUGACUGGUGGUCCCAGGUGGCUUCAGGACAUCACCUGGCUGGCAGCAGAAGAUGGCAAGAACAACUGUGUAGUGUACAGCAUAGGUGGACAACUUUGGUGCACUACAACCAAACCCAUCAUCGAAGGAGAGGAGCUAGCUGCGUUUGCUGUGGACUUCUACUCCCGUCUUCAGGCGGUCAACCAGGCAGCUCUCUCUGAGGGAAUGUACCCGGCCAGAUUGCUGGACUCCAUCCAACUAUUGCCCCAACAGGCAAACAUGGCAUCCAUACUUCCCAACGCUAUUGUCAAUAAGGACAUCUUCCCUUGUAAGGCGUGUGGGAUAUGGUACCGCAGUGAGAGGAACCUGCAGGCUCAUCUGAUGUACUAUUGCAGUGGGAGACAGAGGGACUCAGACAUGAUGGCAGAGCAGUUAGACAGGAAGAGUGGUCCCCAUCACAUGCCCAACGUAGGCCCCGGCCCCUACCCACACUGCAAUUUAACUGGAUCAGUACAGCAGGCCUUGGAGAUGCACUUAAACACCCACAAUGGUGUUAAGAUGGAGGAGGUGGUGUCCACUGGCAGCAGUAGUAUGACAUGCACAGUCUGUGACCACACAGCGGACUCCCUCACCAGCCUCCAACAGCACAUUCUCUCCCACCUGUCUCAGACAAGCUACCGGUGCUCCCACUGCCACUUCAGCUUCACCUCCCUCAGGGAACUGGACAAACACCGGGAGAAUCACGGACACAGCCACAGCCCACUCAGACAGCACGGUCCCAGGCAGGUUGAGACAGAGUACUCUCCCAGGGAGGGCAGCAGCGUGGAGAGGAGCCCCAAGCGGGCCAUAGUGAAACAGGGGAAGGAGAUCCUUCAGAGCCCAGUACUGGGUAGCAUCCUUGACACCAGGACUAGUCCCAAUGCAGAGCUGGAGAAGAUGGAGACUUUCCCAGUGAAAGCUGACCCUAACUCAGGAAGCAGGUCUAGUUUCUCCUACACCAGUGUCAAAUCGGAACCCAACAGCCCUCGCCAGGCAUCCUCACCCAUCCAGAACUACAUGGGCCCCGCUGCUUUCCCAAUGGGGCCAUUCUUACCCCAUUUCCCCUUCUCACAGGACAUAACAGCUGCCCCCCAGGCCUCGGAGAUCCUGGCUAAGAUGUCCGAGCUGGUCCACCGUAGACUGAGGCAUGGAGGUACUAACAACUACCUCCCUCAUGUCAUGUACAGCACCCUUGUCCCCAAAGGGGCCACGUGUUUCAAAUGCAAUAUCACUUUCGGUAAUUUGGACAACUACUUAGUUCAUAAAAAGGACUACUGUAAUAGCCGUUGGCAGCAUGUGACCAAGCCACAUGAUUACGCCGGUGUCCUGGACAAAGUGGCUGACACAGGGAGCCCUAAAAGUGGGGAUUUGGGUGGGUUGGGCAGCAUGAACAUGGGUCAGGGUCAUCAAUCUGACCACAACAGUCAUCUCAUGUCCCCCCGCCUGAACUUGUCAGGACUGGAUGUUGGGGAAGGGAAGGCACAAGUACAUGCUGAGCUCACUGGUAGCGUGAAGAACCCCUCCACCCCCACCAGUUCAGAUGAGAACCCUUCUAUACAGGGAGAUGUGACAAGUCCCAAAACAUCCCAAACGCCCGAGACAGACCCUAACAAGACAACGUGCGAGCCCUGUAAGAUUACCUUUAGUCGUACCGAGACCUACAUGGUUCACAAGCAGUAUUACUGCGCCACGCGUCAUGACCCACCCAUGAAACGAGUGCAUGGAAACAAACUGCCCGCGACCCAGAGAAUGGUUCGUACGCGGAAACGGAGGAAGAACUUAGAAAUUAGUGUUCCCAACCAUGAACAACAGAGGCCUCCCGUGAGUCAUCAUCCACAUUACUUUGGGAUAGCAUCCAUUGAAGGACGAGGCAUGUACCAAGACCCAGGGAAGAUAUAUGGUGACCAGUUUCACCCCAGUUACAACUUGUUUCUUGGCAUGGUUCCAAAGCAUCCAGAGGCUAAUCUCCCUGUCACUAAAUCAGCUCUGAUAUCUAAGUGCAACACCAUAGCUCAAGAUGAUCAGGACAGCCCUAUUGAUCUUAGUAAAAAGUGUUCAUCAUCAAGCCCUGGCAAAUUAUCUACCGCUCCUAAAAGACUCACGGACUAUCACGAGUGCACAGAGUGCAAGAUCAGCUUCAACAAAGUGGAAGACUACCUUGCGCACAAACUGAGCUCUUGCCCCAUCACUGCUCCAGAUCACAACAUAUCUGCGGUUGUAAAAAGAGAAGGGUUUAACAACCCAGUAGAUGACAACGAUACAAACCUGGAGAAAUGUGUCACCAAUGGAGCCAAUAAGGUGUCUUUUCAAACAGGUAGCACUAAGGGGGAUCAGCUCGCUGUCAUCAAAGAGGAAAACAGGGACCAGUGUCUGUCCCAAGAAUUUAGCCCUCCAUUAUUUAAGAAAAUUCGACGUGAUGAACAGAUUUCACCCUUUUAUGGAAUCAAGCCUGCCGACUACACCACAGGUACAGUGGUGAUGCAGAGAGAGCUCAGCGAGCAGAGACAGAGCCCCAAUGAAGGGAGUGAGGUGGAAAAAGAACAGCCUAUGCCUGAUGGCUACCAGGAAACACCAGGUGUUUUGCCCCAAAAUGGCUGCCAGGAGCCCGAGAGCACAGAGAACACACUCCAGGACAACAAGCUUGUUAAUUCCUAUCUCCCAGACAGCCAAGUAUCAUCCUUGUCAGAUUCAGACAGUCCUGUCAGUGUCAACCCCAAGAACAGCCCUUCCUCAUCCUCGUCCUCCCCAGCAGUAUCUAAGACAGAGGAGGUCCUACCCUCCUGUGUGAGAAGCCUAAAUGGCUCCAUCCAGGCAACACAGGGUAACGUCAAAUACUGCCACCCCUGUGACAUUCAGUUCAACAACCUGUCCAACUUCAUAACGCACAAGAAGUUCUACUGCUCGUCACACACGGCCGAGCAUGUCCAAUGAGUCCGGUCCGGUUGCCCAGUCUCUCCUCCUAAACCUGCCUCACACAGGGUAAAUGCAGCACUGCUGGUGGACAAUCAAGAGUAGCAGCUCCUUCAGUUUAAUAAUGCAAACAUGUUUGUGGGACAAAAUAAAUGUCAUCCUUUCCCUCCUAUGUGAUUUAUUUAUUUAAUUUGAAAAAUACUUCCACUGUUAAGAUUUUUAAUUGAAAAAAAGUUCUAUUUAAAGCCUUGUGUCAUACGCCCAGAGAAUUUGACUUUUGAAUGCCUAUUUAUAUAUUGAUUAUGAAGAGAGGUACAACAAAAACUAUUUGGGUCUGAAAAGCCUCAAACCCUAGUCUAUCUGUACAGAUUAUUUGAGUAUGUUUACCGUCAUGAAGUGAUACAAAAAUACUGUUUUUGAAAUGAUAGGACAUGUUUGUUAAUCUUAUAUUUCAGUGUAGAACUUUGUCAUGUACUUCAUCUGUAAAUUGUAGCUUGUAUAUUCAUUUUAAAUGUCUGAUUUUACUCUGAUGCAAAACUUGUUUUUAAAUGUCCCUCUGAUUUUGUUCUCCUUUUAUAUCUCUAUUAAAAAGUGAAUUCACA